GACGCAGACAGGCGGGGAGACAGCCGGAAGGCACAGACACAAGGACAAACAAGGUGGGGAGACUGCUGAAGCAAAGAUAGAUGAGAGAGAAGAGAGAGCAUGAAUAAUGAAGAUGUGGCUGCACCAUCUGGUGCCACAGAGAAACAAUUUAAACGUUCAGAAGAGAGUAGAGAGGCAGCAACCGACCUGCAGUGAGAUACACACAACCCCUCCUGAAUCCCUGACAAGCACUGCCUCCCUCUCUGACUGAGUCUUUCUCUUUCACUCAGACGGUCAGAAUGAAGAGUCUUCCGCAAACGGCAGGAGAGUUUCAAGGAAGAGACGCAGCUAAUUCAGAAGUGUGUGGUCAGAGGAGAUAUUUGUGAAUUGUGACUGGAAACAAGAGAGAUUUUAUCCUCUUCAUCAUCACAGCCGUGUUGUCUAAUUUUUUCAGACUAGAUCCACACUGUUCUGAGGGGUCCCGUGACAUUGACAUAUGAUAAUAACUAUCAGCAUCGGUGUCUGGAGGAGGAGCAGCCACUGUCAUCUUUCUUUUGGAAAAUAGCCACACUGGAAAAGACAUUGAGCAUAGGUACGGUUUUAUCUUUUUUCUCAAGAAUUUUCCCAGAGAAUCAGGGUUGUACCACUUAUGAUGCACACUCCAGCCUCCAUGGUGAUGGGGAUUGUGUUUGCCCCUUUGGGAUUGGUCCUUGUCUUCACUGCCGCAAUCACCCCUCAGUGGAGGGAGGGACAGGCACGUCUGGGCAUGACAGGGCCGGGGUCACUUCUUCGGUCAGGAGUCAAAGGUCAAGGGACGGGGGUCAGGUCUGGGUCAGUGGCGGCUCUGCUUUUGCUGCGCUCUGAUGGACUCUGGGAGAGCUGCCUGCAGGUGGAGCACUCCGAGCUGAAGCAGUGCUGGCCUGUAGCGGGUCCAUACCAGAGAGACCCACGGGUUCGCCUAGCGCAAGGUUUGGUCCUGACCUCCUUGUUCCUGUGUGGCGCCGGUAUUGUCCUGGCUUGUAUUGGAGUCCGGUGCUGGACAGAUCUACCUCUGAGAGGUGUGGCAGCCACUGGUGGACUCCUGGUGGUGAUGGCCGGGCUGCUGAGCCUGACAGCCCUUGGCGUGUACACCCACAACCUUGGGAGACUGGGGUUGGUAGAUCCUAGUCAAGGGAUCAAUAACCACAGGUUCCCCCACCUCAGCCUGCGCCCAGCCGGCUCGCUCUACUUUGGAUGGCUGGGUUCCUGUUUACAAGUGCUGGGGGGCAGUGCGCUGCUGUUCAGCUUCAAACGACCAAGAUGUCUGACCUGCCCGUCCUGCCCAGAGCUGCCUGUCUGCCCUGCGUGCCGCUCGUGUCCAGAGAUUACCAACAAGCCAGACACAGAUGUAUAUGAGGUCAGCUGUUAGAGAGUAAACCUCAGACUUAAAAGACUUAAAGAUGAACAAAUCUGGACAUGUAGGCACUUCCAACUCAUCAGCUAAUGAAUCUGCCACUGAAUGAAAUGAGUUGAUCAAAAAAAUGACAGUGAACCACAGAACAUUGCCGCUACUCGAUGAAUGUGCUCUGGUGGAUGUAAUUGCCUCUUAUUGCCUAUACAGAAACAUAAUUUUGAGGUGUAGAAAACAAAGUGAUGAUUCAUGGAGUACAAAAGAUUGUUACAGAUUCAUUAAGAUCAUCGUGGUUGAAAAGAGCUCAAGUUCCUGCUGCCUUUAACUGCACCAUGUAGUGAAACAUGAUUGAAGUAUCUCUUUGUGCUGCCUUUAUCAUUGUAGCCAUGCCUUUGUACUGUUAGCAAGAAACAUGAAAUUGUUUGUGUCCGAAAAAAACUGUGAAAUGUAAAAUAUUUGUGAUAAAUUAUAAGAGCAGAUUAGCAGCUGUUUAGAUUACGUUAGUUUUUCAAAAACAGAAGGAUGAUAGUUUUAGAUUUCAUUAUAUAGAUUACCAUUGUAAAAUUUUAAAGACUGGAUUUCAUCUGUACCCUUUAGUUUAGAGUUUAACUAUUAUUUAAUGUGAUAUGGGAUGUGAUAUUUAACUAAUAAAUAUCACAUUUCUUUUUGUCACCUUUGCGAAUAUGGUUCUUUGGAAUCCAGCCAACAGUCUUGAAUGAUUUUCUGCAUAAGAAUGCGGAAUCUGUUUUUUACUGUUUUUUUUUUUUUUAUCACUGCAAGCAAUGAAAAAGACCACUUUUAAAGGUCGGAUUACUGUAAACACAUCAGAAGUGACCCGCUAAUUUCUUAGCCUGUCUGUCAGGGUAAAUGUUUGUAUGAUACCUUCACUAAGGAGCCUUCAUCUAACGAAUGUGAGGUUACUGACUUGGUAACACAAACAGUGAGGAGAGACAAGUGUUUGAAGAGGAGGAUGUGUAUCAUGGUGUUGUUUAUUCUUUGCAAAUUGCUUUUUUGGUGUUAACCUGUUAUAGUGUGUUCAUACUUGCAUUCUGCACUGAAUAAAACAUUUCAACAAUAUU